UACAGGGAUUGUCAGGCUUGGCAGCAAGUGCCUUUACCCACCGAGUCCCUUAUUUAUUUUAGUUCAUGGUCUCACUACAUUGCCCAGGUAGUUCUUGACCAUCCAGUACUCCUGAGUUUGGGCACUUGUUUCUGUCUUUGUUGUUAUCGUUGUUGCUGGUUUUUUUGUUUUGGGUUUUUGUUGUUCUUUGUGACAGGGUCUUGCUAUGAAGCCCUAGCUCUCAAAUUUGCCUGGAUCCCUCUCCUUGAGUGCUGCACUCUGAGCCUGGGACUGUGUGUUUAUGUGUGGUUUAAGGGUUGGGUGUGAUUUUGUGUUUGAAUACCACGAGGAGGGUAUGCAUGUGGUGCUGUGGGUGUUUGGUUUUGUUUGUUUGUUUGCUUUGAGACUGUCUUGCCAAACAGCCCAGCUGACCUCAACUUAUAAUCCUCCUGCCUCGAUCUCUCUAGCUUCCGUGCCUGUGUAUGGGUUGUUUUUUGUUUUGUUUUGUUUUUCUUUUUUGAAAGGGUGUCUCUCUAUGUAACCCUAGCUGAUCUGGAACCCCCUAUGUAAACAAGGCUGGCCUCAAACUCACAGAGAUCCUCCUGCCUCUGUUUCCUGAGUGCUGGGAUUAAAGCCAUAGGUCACCAUGCCUGUCUUACAUAUGGCUUUGAAAUACACGUGUUGGUCUCUCUGCCUUCCUGCUAACUGGCUGUUGUGUGGCAAAACUUUUCCUGGGGAGAAAACAUACUUGUCUACUCACCCCAGGGAGGGAGCCAUGACAGACUCACUGAGCCAAUGACUUUGAUUGGGGUUACCUAACAGAAAUAUGGAUAAGGGAUGAAUUAUUUAUAGAAAGCCCACCCUAGUAUGGGUGACAGUUCACAAAAACUGGGAAACAUUUGGAACACCCUGCACAGCCUGCAGGCCUCUCAACAGGAUGGAGCGGGUCCUUUCCAGGCAGUUCACCUGAGCUCUAAAGAGUCUUCUUGGCAGCUUAGCAUUGUUUGGUCUGAGAAAGAGUUUCACCCUUUAUUGUCUACUCAAGUAGGGAGGGGCCUAGUGAAUCUGGUCAGUUUCAGGGAGUUCUUUUUUGCCUCCCUGCUUAAGGAGCUCCACUGCAGUUUUGGCCUCUGAGGGGACUGUUAACACAACAAUUGCAUGUGUGUGCCAAUGUGUGUGCAGAGGCUGCUGUACAUUUUCAGAAUAGCUUCCCUUUUCUAAAGGUAUUAUGUAUACAAUGUUCUGCCUGCAUGUAUGCCUGCGCACCAGAAGAGGGCACCAGAUCUCAUUAUUAUAUGGUUGUGAACCACUGGGAAUUGAACUCAUGACCUCUUGAAGAGCAGUCAGUGCUCUUAACCUCUGAGCCAUCUCUCUAGCCCCCAGCGAUUAGCUUCUUGAAGUUUGUGGAAGCAAGAUUCUUGUGUCUGUGUGAGUGUGUGUAAAUAUCUGUGUAUUCUAGUAUCCAGAGCAAGCAGUUUGUUUACUUUCCUCCCUUCCCCCACCUGUGGAGCAAUCUGCAUCAGAACCCCUACAUCGUCUAGUCUUGGGCAUUCUGGGUUGCCAUGGCAACGAAUAAAACCCCACCCCUUCACCCUGAAAAGAAGCACAGGUUUGCCCCUGGUGGACCACUUAGAGAGGGCCUUCACAGAUGCUCCGCCUCAUGGGAACCUGAGCUAAAGCUACGUUGGAGGAAGACAUCCUUGGCUGCUCCAGGUUAGGAAGAAGAGUGUGCUCUUUCUCCGCCUGGCUCCUGACUUCCCAUCAGCACUGAAGGAUCUGCUGCUGCCCCCACACUACCUGACUUCGGAGCUAGAAAGUGAGAUCUUCAGAAGAGUCCUCCAGAGUCAGCAGAGCAGUUUUCUAGUCAUCGUGAGGAGAGUGUCAUUUCCGGGCAUGCGCUCAGUGGUCCCUCUGUGCUCGUUGGCCCUCGGCAGCCUCUACCCCUCCAUCACCUCUGUGUCUCCAGUUCAUCCAUCUCCUGCCAGUGCUGGUUUCUUCCAGAACACACAUGGCCGGGCCCCGUGUCUCUUCUGCUGCGGCUGUGUGAUCCAGGCCUUCAUGAGCCGGUACCAGGCAGCCCUGCUGGGUCUAGGCCUGCUGCUUAUGCUUCUCCUCUAUGUGGGGCUGCCUGGCCCCUCUGAGAAGACUUCCCAGCUCUCGAGAGGCCCCAAUGUCACAGUCCAGGCUGGUCUCACCCGAGGCAACCCUCAAAUCUUUUACCGGGAGGCGCUGCCUAUCCAGCGGGCACAGAGGGCAGAAGUCGUGUUUCUCCAUGGAAAGGCAUUUAAUUCCCACACUUGGGAGCAGCUGGGCACGCUGCAGCUGUUGUCCAAGAGGGGCUACCGGGCUGUGGCCAUUGACCUUCCAGGGCUAUUACCAAUAAUUGGCUGGAGAGCGGUUGCCAUAUCAGGUUUUGGGAGCUCAGCGCCUUCACCGGAGGUGAACACAGAGGUAGGGCGAGCGGAGCUGCUGAAACAGGUACUGCAGGAUCUAGAGGUGCAGAAUGCUGUAUUGGUGAGCCCCUCACUGAGCGGCAGCUAUGCCCUGCCCUUCUUGAUGCGAAGACACCACCAGCUACGUGGCUUUGUGCCCAUCGCACCUACCUCCACACGGAAUUACACACGGGAUCAAUUCAGGGCUGUGAAGACCCCAACUCUUAUCCUGUAUGGGGAACUGGACCACACCUUGGCGCAAGUAUCACUGCAGCAGCUCCACCACCUGCCCAACCACUCUGUGGUGAAGCUGCACAACGCGGGCCAUGCCUGCUACCUCCACAACCCCGAAGCCUUCCACCUCGCCCUUCUCGCAUUCCUUGACCAUUUGCCUUGAAUGGACUCACUUCCCAGAACUGACCUUGAAGGGUCUAGACCCUCUCUCUCCUCUCCCAGGGAGGCUGGCCCUGAGUGGGAUUGAGGACAGAGGAUCAAGCCCAGCCAGGACUUUUGAUUUAAUUUCACAGGCACAAUAAAGAAAAGCCCUUUUGUCUGGC